CACACACUCUUGCCAUUACCAUGGCUGUUGAUGAUUUCUACACUAUCAAUAUUGAUGGCGCCAUCACUAGUGUUCCAUACACGCCAUCUGGCUGGCAAAGCGUCAAGACUUACACCAAGACUGUUUUUGGUGAUGGUCCAUGGCUGAUAUCUGUCAAAGGUAAUGAUGUUGGAAAUGUUGCUGGUCUGUUUGCAGUAGUUACUCUUGAUGGUACUCCUUAUACCACCACAGCCUCUCCAACCAACAAAUUCCGUAUGAGUCCAUAUACUCCAGCAGCUGGAUGGGAUACUAGCUUGAGUUUUGAUGACAAGAGCUGGUAUACUCAAACAUAUGAUUCGUGCACUGAUUAUAACAAUCAAUGGACUGCGCUUCUACCUAAUCUGGACGCGCAAACCAAAGGACAAGUUGCUCGCUCAAUGUGGUAUCCUGACUGCAAAAAUACCGGUACCGUUGCUAUCCCUAAGCCCAUGUACUUCCGUCUUACUGUUAGUGGACCUAAGUCACCUGCCAUUCCUGCCAACCCCAAUCCUGUUCCCACGCACUCUCUUGCCAUUACCAUGGCUGUUGAUGACUUUUACACUCUUAGACUCGAUGGUCAAACAGUCUCAGUUCCAUACACGCCAUCUGGCUGGCAAAGCGUCAAGACCUACACCAAGACUGUUGUCGGUGAUGGUCCAUGGCUGAUAUCUGUCAAAGGCAAUGAUGUUGGAAAUGUUGCUGGUCUGUUUGCAGUGGUUACUCUUGAUGGUGUACCAUACUCGACAACCGCUACCGCGACCAACAAAUUCCGUAUGACACCAAACACUCCAGCAGCUGGAUGGGAUACUGACGCUUACUUUUCUGAUGCAAGUUGGUAUACUCAGACCUAUGAUUCGUGCACUCAGUAUGCCAAUCAAUGGACUGCUCUUUUGCCUGGUCUUGAUACUGCUACCAAACCUCAAGUUGCUCGCUCAAUGUGGUAUCCUGACUGCAAAAAUACCGGUACUGUUGCCAACCCUAAGCCCAUGUACUUCCGUCUUGUGGUUGCCGGUCCUGGAUCGUCUUAUAUUCCUGCUAGUCCAAAUCCCGUCUCCACACAUACUCUGUCCAUCACCAUUGCUGUUGAUGACAACUACGUCCUGAAUCUUGAUGGUCAACAGCACUCUAUUGCAUAUUCUGAUAACAGUUGGCGACAGGUUAACACUUACACCAAGACUGUUGUCGGUGACGGUCCAUGGCUGAUAUCCGUUCAUGCCUAUGAUUCUGGAACCAUUGCCGGAUUCUUUUCUUCUGUGUUUGUUGAUGGUGUGCCAUACUCGACGACCGCUACUGCGACCAACAAGUUCCGCAUGACACCCAAUACUCCAGCCGCUGGAUGGGAUUCUAGCUUGAGUUUUGAUGACAAGAGCUGGUACACACAAACAGUUGACGUUUGCACCAAUUAUGCCAAUCUCUGGGCUGCACUUCUACCCAACCUGGACGCGCAGACUAAAGGACAAGUUGCUCGUCCUAUGUGGUAUCCUAACUGCUAUAACACCGGUACUGUUGCUUCACCAAAGUCCAUGUACUUCCGACUUUUGGCCGUUAGCUCCAAGGCUUCUCCUAUUCCUGCUAAUCCUAACCCGUCAUCAACCCCUGCAUACCAAGCUCCUGGAUACACACCAACUCGUGUUGUUUACACUCCCCCAGUAUACAAAGCUCCUAGCCCCCCAGUAUACAAAGCUCCAGCUUAUCCGGCAUACCAAGCCCCUUCCUAUUAUUCAAGCUAUGAUAAGCGCGAUCAUGUUGCUUCCAACUCUAAACAUCCUCGAUAUGGUAAAUCCCAGAACAGUGGAAAUUAGAAUGAUUUGGUAAUAUUAUGAUAUAUCAGGUUUUAUUUCCAAGUUCAGUAACUUUUUCAAUCAUUUUUGAUUGGGAUUGGAAAGUGACGGUUUCAAAAUAUUGACCAAAAUAAAAACAAGUUUCAAGGUUUUCCCUUAAAGC